AUGCUUCUGGGCACCGCCGGUAAGACCCUGCGCGCGCCCAGGUCGUUGCAGAGCAGCUCGACACGGAUGGCCUACACAUUCUGCAGGAUGGAAAAUCCACAGUUGGCUCUUCAGCAGAUUUAUGAAAUCUACAAGGCCAAGCGGCAGCAGGCAUUGGUGGCAGGAGGCUCGGAUGCGGCGGAGACAACCGUGGCCGGCUUCAGCCAGUCCUUGGUUGACACGUUUGAGAAUGGCCUUGCUGUUGACGUUGUCACUUACCGCUUGGGAUAUGACCGCCUUACGCAUGCUGCGUAUGAGUGCAACAGACAUGAGCAGCAGAACAACACAUUUUCCGAGCACAAGCCUGUGGAUAAGAUCAGGUUCCUGCAAAGUAUUUGCCAGCCCCUCAAGGGCGUGGAGCUUUGGCAGCGGCAUCUUGAGAAAACGUUCGGCUCGACCUUCACUUCCUGCCCUGCCAGGAGCAGAAUCCUUGGGUACCUCCAGCAACCAAAAGGCCUUUUGGAAGUGAAGGCCUGCUUGAAGGCAAACGUCCCGUUGCAUGGGGUUUCGCAGGCCAAUUGCGGCAUCCAGGCUUGCAGAGAUUUCUACCAUGAGUUGGACAAGUUGAAGCGGGGCUCCAAGCCCUUGGCUGAGCCAGGUGCUUCUUUAGAGGAGGCUCCCGAAGCAGACGCAGACCCUUCGGCCGACGAUGCUCCUUCGAAGCUUGACAUGGCGAUGGCUGAUGCAACUGCUGAGAUGGAUCCUGAAGAGAGUGCGGUGGUGAUGAUGACCUCAUCUUUCUUCGACCAGAUCUUUCUUUAUGAUGACGAAGGCUCCUUCGACCAGUCCUUGAAAGAGAGGGUCUUUCCCACUUGGAGAGUGAUCUUCUUUGUGCAUGUCCAGACGAGCCGGGUGAGUGUUUCCAUGAAGUACCUAACCCUUAUCGCGGAGCUUGUGAAGACCAGCAAGCUGGAACGGUUUGUCAUUGAAAUUCCUGUGGGGAAGCGCUUUGACCUUCUGGGCGCUGUCCAGAAGAAGUUGUUGGAGCUAUUUGGGGCUGAAGGUUACGUUGUGUCAGUCACAGGGUCGAGCACGGCGCAAUCCAAGAACAACACGGCGAAUUCUUCUGAAAGCCUUCGGCUUCGCUGUCUUCACAGCGCUUGCAAGCAUCGGCCGGUCAAGGAGGCAGACGAUGUGAAGAUGCAGCUGUUGAACGCAGGGCCUGGCAAUGAUGCCGUGGAGCUGCCCAGUGAAAAGUGGCCUGCCGCUGGGGGAGAGAUGAAGGUGCUCCUGCCGAACGAGCGGGCAGAAGAGUUGGACCGUGAGGGGGCGCUGAAAGAGAUUGCCAAUGAGACCAAGGCCACGGUGCAUCUUCACGAUGCCGUCGGAGGGCUCCAUCAGAUCUGCGAGGGUCACCGGCUGCUGACGCUCCGGGGGCAACGGGGCGCCGAGAUCCAAGCAGCGGUUCAGGCCGUGCUCGCAAAGGUGAAGGGUCGGAAGUCAGGGACUGAGCUGAAGGUGCUCCUGCCCAGGUUCUUGGCGUCGGUGGUGAUUGGCAAGCGAGGCGCCAACAUCAAGGAGCUCCAGCGAGAGACCGGGACGAAUGUCCAGGUGGAGGCUGGUGACAUGGGCAUGGACCGAGUCACGACAGUGAGCGGUUCCCUCACGUCCAUUUGCAAUGCACUCGGGAGGAUCCACCGCUUCGGCACGGCAGAGGGCGAGGGGGACGAAGAGGAGGCGCCCGAGCCGGACACCGAGCUCGUCCGCCCGCUGUCUGGCCGAGACGAAGGGCUGGAGAACGGGAGGCGCUCGCGUACCCGCACCCCGGAGCCCGCGGCCGACCUCCCCUCGACGCCGCCGGCGCCGUGGGAGCUGAAGGAGCAUCCGGAGGCUCCUGGCGAAUACUACUACCUCAAUACCGAGACCGGCGAAACCACCUGGGAGCGACCCGAGGCGAAGAUGCCGCCGCCGGCGCCUUGGACGCUGCAGGAGCAUCCCGAGGCCCCUGGAGAGUUUUACUUCCUCAACGAGGAGACGGGCGUGACCUGUUGGGAGCUCCCGGAGAACGAACGCUGA